GUCGCUCUCCUGGCCUGGGAGUUCCCAACCUAAAACUCGCACUCCACAGUAAGUCGGUCACGGAGCGUCUGCCGCCGCCGCCGCCUCCUCCCAACCCCAUCUGCCGAUAAUAAUAUAAAAGGGUCGAAAAGAAAGCGCUGCGGUGGGGAAAGCAGGAGAAAACUCAAGUGAAAGAAAAAGGAGAAAAGAGGUCUCUGCUAUCUUCUCCUCUUCUUCUUCAACCUCGUUUCUCGGCCGCCAUGGAUCCCACUCGAGCUUUCGUAAAGGACGUCAAGCGCGUUAUAAUCAAGGUGGGUACUGCUGUUGUCACUAGAACUGAUGGGAGACUGGCUCUGGGAAGACUUGGAGCUCUUUGUGAACAGGUUAAAGAACUAAAUUCUCGAGGCUUUGAAGUUAUUUUGGUCACUUCAGGUGCAGUGGGUGUUGGCCGGCAAAGGCUUAGAUACAGGAGACUGCUUAACAGCAGCUUUGCUGAUCUCCAAAAACCACAAUUAGAACUGGAUGGAAAGGCUUGUGCCGCUGCUGGUCAGAGUGGCCUAAUGGCUCUAUAUGAUGCCUUAUUUAGUCAGCUAGAUGUGGCAUCGUCUCAGCUUCUUGUCACUGAUAGUGAGUUUAAGCAUCCAGAUUUCAGGAUGCAGCUUAUUCAAACUGUGAAUUCAUUGAUAGCUCUUAGAGUUAUUCCUGUUUUCAAUGAAAAUGAUGCCAUCAGCACUAGGAAAGCUCCAUAUGAGGAUUCUUCGGGUAUCUUUUGGGAUAAUGACAGUUUAGCAGCUCUAUUGGCUUUGGAGUUAAAAGCUGAUCUUCUUGUUUUGCUUAGUGAUGUGGAGGGUCUAUAUAGUGCUCCUCCUGGUGAACCUCAUUCAAGGAUAAUACAUACUUACAUAAAAGAAAGGCAUCAGGGCGAGAUUACUUUUGGGGACAAGUCUAGGGUGGGAAGAGGUGGUAUGACUGCUAAAGUGAAGUCUGCAGUUUAUGCUGCGUCUGCAGGCACCCCUGUUGUAAUCAUUAGUGGUUUUGCUACUGAUAGCAUUAUAAAAGUACUUCAAGGGGAGAGAAUUGGUACUCUGUUUCAUCAGGAUGCACAUUUAUGGGCAUUGCCCAAAGAAGUUGGUGCUCAUGAGAUGGCAGUUUCAGCAAGGGAAUGCUCCAGGCGACUUCAGAGUGUGUCAUCAGAAGACCGCAGGAAGAUUUUGUUGGACAUUGCUGAUGCUCUAGAGGCAAAUGAAAAAUCAAUCAGAAUUGAAAAUGAAGCUGAUGUUGCUGCUGCACAGCAGGCUGGAUAUGAGAACUCAUUGAUUUCUAGGUUGACCUUGAAGCCUGGAAAGAUAUCAAGUCUCGCAAAGUCCAUUCGUAUACUUGCAGACAUGGAAGACCCAAUAGGCCAUGUCUUGAAGAGGACAGAGCUUGCAGAUGGACUUGUCUUAGAAAAGACAUCAUGCCCCCUGGGUGUUCUCCUGAUUGUUUUUGAGUCACGACCUGAUGCCUUAGUUCAGAUUGCAUCUUUAGCAAUUAGGAGUGGGAAUGGUCUUCUUCUGAAAGGUGGAAAGGAAGCGAUGAGAUCUAAUGCAAUCUUGCAUAAGGUUAUUACUGGAGCUAUUCCAGAUACUGUAGGUGAGAAGCUUAUUGGGCUUGUUACAUCAAGAGAUGAGAUUCCUGAAUUGCUAAAACUUGAUGAUGUCAUUGAUCUUGUCAUUCCAAGAGGUAGCAAUAAACUUGUUACUCAAAUCAAGGAAUCUACUAAGAUUCCUGUUCUAGGUCAUGCUGAUGGCAUCUGUCAUGUUUAUAUUGACAAAUCAGCUGACAUGGAUAUGGCAAAGCGCAUUGUAUUGGAUGCAAAAAUAGACUAUCCUGCAGCCUGUAAUGCUAUGGAAACACUCCUUAUACAUAAGGAUCUUUUGAAGACCAAAGGGCUAAAUGAUCUAAUAGUACAACUUAGAGGUCAAGAGUUAAAACAUAGACGUGGUGGUCUGGUGUCAUGGAAGUAGAAAUCUUUGUUCGGAUGGGCCUGAGAACCCAGGUAACAUCAUCUUGAUUCUUUAGAAGUACUAAUCAGUUUGAUGUGAGUUAUCUCACCAUUUGGAUUUUGUUCUGUGUCUAUUGAGAGAUACAAAGAGCAAAGAUCUUUACCAAAAAAGAUGUUGUGCAGCAAUACACUCAGAGUUCUGGUAUUUUGUUUCUGAAUUUCUGUGGUUCAGUUAUAGAAUUUGUAAGUUUCUGCAUUACCAUGGUUUAUUUAUAGCAUUUGUCAUGGAAAGAGUUUGAUCCACAAUGCACAAAUUCUUCCAUGUUACACUAUUCCAGAAAGCAUUGGCAUCACCCAAUGAAUGAUUCACUUGGAAACUCAUUAACUAUCUUCUAUUGAUAUCUUGAGGCUCUGAUAUGCCCGGAUAGUUUUUGUUUAUCUGGUACUACUUUGCAGCUGUUUCAUAGGUUUGUUUAAUUAUUUAUCUGAAGUAGGGAUUAGAGUGUUUUAGUUGACAUUUUCCUCCAGAGUUGAAAGGCAUGCUACUGCAGUUUAUUUGUGUGUACUCCAUAAAGAAUAUUCCGAAUAAUUUAGUGUGGUUGAAGAUUUUACCUACUACACAGCAUGAUCUUUCUCUGAUAAAUAAUGCAUUAGCAUGAUCUUCCUCUGAUAAAUAAUCCAUUAUAUCAUAUUAGUAUUUUAGAUGGCUAUCAUCCAGGCCUUUUUCUUUUUUGCUACAAUUUGUGCUAAAACUAUAUAGUUUGUUUCGAGUUUAUGAUUUAGGAGUUGCAUCAAAUGGGAAAAAGGAAAUCUAUGAUCAUGCCACCUCUUCUGGUUAUUGAUUCCAUAGGGAUUUUUGGGAGUGAUAGAUAAAACUGGGGUGACAGAUAAAACUGGAGCACCCAUACAAAAGCAGACUGUAAUCGUCACUUCUUGAGAGAAUUUGCAAUCUACUAAAUUUGUUCUGAUCUGUAUGACGGAACAUCAUGUAAUUGGGCCUUUCUCAUUGGUAAUCCUCUUAGAUGAUGUUUAGGGAUGGACAUCCUUUUUGGACUGAAAGGAAAAUAUUGCUUAAAAGAAAUCAGCACUUGAUGAACAUCUAAGAUAUUCAUCCAUGCUCAAAAACACAGAGUCAUAAAAAUUUCCUUGAACUCAAUUUUUCUGUGGUAAUUCUU